AUGAUGUCGCAACCCGUUGUGGCGCCGACAAGCGAGGCACCAGAUGAUGAUAUGAAGUCUGUCAUUGGUUCCGUAUCUCCAUCUGCAUGUACAAGUCUGGGGGGUGGUGUCAUCAGACUUAAGACUACCACGGUGCCUGUUCUCGCCUUUUUUAGAAGUGGGAAAAAAAUUCAAGAUAUUGUUUGGCCGAAAACCAUAGAAAUCAAAGGAAGAGUGAAAUGGGCGGUUUUUAAAAAAUUCCUCAAGGAUCUUCGUCACUCUCAAAACCGGUCAAUAAUGGUGAUUUCCCUGUUGUUGAAUGUUGAGUCUUCGAAAAAUGGCUUAGAGGGAAUGAAGCAGGUUGCAAAGAUGUUAAAAGUGAACAAAAGAAUUGGUUUAGCAACAACAGAAGAUGGUUCAUAUAUUUAUGUAUGUCCUGGACACAAGGACAUAAUAACAGUGCUUGCAAAAUAUGGUUUCUGGAAAGGUGCAUCAACAAUCGAUACAAACCAAGACUCAUUAAUCGGUUUUGUUGUACGGGACCGAAAAUCACCAGUAAACACAAGCAAGGGAAAGGUAAGUACUGCGACAAUACAAGAAAUCAGGGGCACUCGUGUGGAAUCACAAGAAGUGAUAUGCGAUAAGCAAUCAUACCCGGUUCAUCCUCUUUGCGCACCAGUAGAUGAUGGCCUAUACUUUCGGCGUCCUCCCAUGGUACCAGCAGAGCAAGGCUCAUAUUCUCCUUAUCCUCCUCCUGGACUACUAGGUCACGACUUCCAUGCUCGGCAUCCUCCUAUUGGACUAUCAGGUCAAGGGUUACAUCCUCAUGCCCCAGAAUGUCAAGGCGUCUUUCAUCAGCUUCCUCCUUGUGCAAGAGGUCAAGGCUUCAUUACCCACCACGCUCCCAAUUUUGCACUACAAUACUUCAGGCCCUUAACAGAUCAUGGAAACAACAAUGGUUCACAACACUUGAGGCCACCUAGCGGUUCUGCUCCUGGUCAUUUGUGGCAGAGAAUGUCGUGCGCAAGGUCCGGGAAUAAUCUUCCUGGUUUUGAAAGAUCAGAAAGUUUCUCUGGCUCUAGCUCCACAUAUUACUCUAGAUUCGAAAAUGGGUCGGGUAGCAUGCCUCCCAACUAA